GGCGACAUCACGCAAGUUUUGUUUGCUGCUUCUGUUCUUUGACAUCAAGCGAAAGAGACGUCGGCGCUGGUGAAUUUUCUCGGGCUUUUUUCUUUUGGUGGCCAAAAGACGCUAAUUUUCCAAUCAAUUUCCACAUCCUUGGUGGUCUUGGAGUUUCUUUGGUUCCUAGUUCAAUAGUAAAUACAGAUCGCCACAAUGGGAGACGGUGACGAUACCGCGAAAAAGGUUCAGGAGUACAAAGACACCCUGAUCAAGAAGGCCGAAGAACUCAUCAUCAAAGGAUUCCCGGAGAAGAUUGUGAAGCUGAAUGAUCUUCUUGCCACUCCCGAAUUUGCCGAAAGAAAUUUCACCGAUGUGUACCAGGAUCUCAACAUUCCAGUGCCGGAUCCGAUCGACCUAAACAACGCCGAUGGCGAAAAGACCGACUCCGACGAACCAGGUGCCAAGCGGGCCCGACUUGACCUGUCCUCGGUCAGCGGCACCAAGGUGAUGGCCCUCCCGAGCGGCCGAGUUCAGUGCAACACGCCGAUCUGCGACCUGAUCAAAGUGGUCAAACCGGUCAUCCGAGCGCUGGUGGAAGAUUCGAAUCUUCUCAAGAUGUGGAUCUCGUUCAUGAUUCCUAAAAUCGAAGACGGAAACAACUUCGGUGUGUCGAUCCAGGAAGAUACCCUCGCCGAGAUCCAGUCAGUCGAGACGGAAGCCGCUGCGUUCUUCGAUCAGAUUUCCAGAUACUUUGUUUCGCGAGCGAAGGUCGUAUCCAAAGUGGCCAAGUAUCCGCACAUUGAUGACUAUCGUCGUGCAGUUCAGGAACUGGACGAGAAGGAGUUCCUCAGCUUAUGGCUCGUACUGAGUGAGGUGAGAAAUCGCUACUGCUCACUUCACGACAUCGUCAUUAAGAACAUGGAGAAGUUGAAAAAGCCACGAUCGUCCAACGCGGAAAGUUUGUAUUAAGUUUAAUGUGAAAUAAGCUGCGGCAGUAAUUUACCAGAACCAAGAAGACAAGUCACCAUUAAAAACUUCCCGCUAUUAUCUCCAGUACACAUUCGCACCUUGAAGAAACGACAGCAGAUCGCCGAGCGCAAUUGCGCAGGGCAGUAAGAUCCAGAAGUGUUGACUUCUCAUGACCCAAACUUUGUUUCAAUGAUUACGGGACAACCUCUUGAAUAUGUUUUAUUAUUCCGUAAAAAAAGAAAACAGUCAUAUGCUACUUACAAUUUCUCAUGUUUUGAAGAUUAAACCUUCAUUGGAGAACAGUGUUAAGACUUACAACUGCAUUAAAUCCAGUAACGGUUGUUCGCAAUUCGUUUACAUUGCUUUGGUUUUUUAAUUCAAGAUUAAACCGGAUUCCACAUGAAAAAUGGUAUCUAAUAUACAUUUUUAUAGAGGUAUCACUCCAAAACACG